CCCCACUACCUUCUCCUGCCCUUCCUCCCCUUCCAGCGCUUCCUCCUCGUCCUCCUCCGUUUCCUCUUCCUCCUGCUCAGACAGUUCCUCAGAUUGCCCGAACCACCACCAUCAUCACCACCACCACCAACCCCGACCCCAGCUACAGCUUCCUCCCCCCACCCACAGUGAGCAUCCGUCCUCCCCCAGCGCCAGCCCCCGCAGCUCCAGCCCCAGCGGCAGCAUCGGCAGCAGCGGCAGCCUCUGCAGCAGCAGCCCCAGCGAGGGCAUCGGCAGCAGUGGCGUGUCCAGCAGCGGCGAACCGCGGGGACCGAGCCCCCAGCUGGACGUCAUCUCGGAGGAUGCCAUGGAGAUGGACCUGGGGGUCCAGCAAGUCAUUGACCCAGAGGUGGCGCUAAAGGCCUGCCAGGAAGUAUUGCUCAAAGUCAAGCUGCUGGACAACAGGCCCGCCCAGGACGACCGGGCGCCGCCCACCGAGGCGCCGGAGCGCUGCAGCCCGCAGUGGCUCAUGAACCCGGACACCAGCUCCAUCAAAGAGGAAGACGAGGACGAGGAGGAAGGCCACAGGCACGCGCCUCCGCAGGACCGCCUCUCCUUACCGGCCUCUUCGUCCUCGUCCAAGCAGUCAUGGUUGCUGCGGCUCUUCGAGUCCAAGCUGUUUGACGUUUCCAUGGCGAUCUCCUACCUGUACAAGUCCAAAGAGCCGGGCGUGCAGGCGUACAUCGGGAACCGCCUGUUCAGCUUCCCCGACGGCGAGGUGGACUUCUACCUGCCGCAGCUGCUCAACAUGUACGUGCACAUGGACACGGAGGUGGGAGAUUCCAUCAGACCUUACCUGAUCCACCGCUGCAGAGGCAGCAUCACCUUCUCGCUGCUGUCGGCGUGGCUGCUGGGCGCCUACUCCUCCGACAUGCACAUCUCCACGCAGCGCCACUCCAGAGGAACCAAGCUGCGAAAGCUCAUCCUGUCCGACGACCUCAAGCCGCCGGCGCACCCGUCCGACCCGCCCCGCUCGGUGCCGGCGUCGGUCUCCGACAGCCCAGUCUCCUCGCCGGCGCACCGCCGCUGCCACCGCAGGCACAACAGCAACAACGUGGACGCUGGCCCCGCCCCCGACAGCCCCGACCAGGGGGAGGUCUUCGCCUCCCCGUCCAGACGGACGCACCAGAGGUCCAAGUCGGAGGCCACGCUGGCGAGCAGCGGGCCCAGCGCCAGUCUGCGGCGGACGGGGAGCAACCCGAAGGUGGAGGCGAUGCACGAGGAGCCGGAGCGUCUCCGCCCUCAGAGAGAAUUCGUCAAGUCGCUCUUCUGCAUCGGGAAGCGUCUGGCCACGCUGCCCACCAAAGAGCAGAAGACGCAGCGUCUGAUCUCCGAGCUGUCGCUGCUCAAUCACAAGCUGCCGGCCCGAGUCUGGCUGCCCACCGCCGAGCACCAGCACCACGUCUGCCGGCUGCCCCCCACCCAGGGCGUGGUCCUGAACUCCAAGGACAAGGCCCCGUACAUCAUCUACAUCGAGGUGCUGGAGUGCGACAGCUUCGAGACGUCCCCCGUUCCCGUUCGAAUCCCGGAGACGAGGAUCCACUCGUCCCGCUCCGAGGAGAGCCUGGACUCCGGCGCCACGGCCAACGCCAACAGCAUCAUCACGUCGGAGCACCAAGCGGGAAGCUUCUCCACCGUCCCCAACUACGACAACGACGACGAAGCGUGGGCCACCGACGACAUCGGGCAGCUGCAGGUGGAGAUGGAGGGUCAGACCAGCAGCAGCGACAACAUCAGCCAGUUCUCCGUGGACAGCAUCACUAGUCUGGAGAGCAAAGAGCCGGUCUUCAUCGCCGCGGGAGACAUCAGACGCCGUCUGUCAGAAAACCUCGCUCACCCGCCCACCUCCUUCAAGUGGGACCCCGAGGACCCGUCGGCGGUCGCCCUGAAGGAACCGUGGGAGGAGAAAGUCAGGCGGAUCCGAGAAGCUUCUCCUUACGGUCACCUGCCCAACUGGAAGCUGCAGUCGGUCAUCGUCAAGUGUGGAGACGACCUGAGGCAGGAGCUGCUGGCCUACCAGGUCCUCAAGCAGCUGCAGUCCAUCUGGCAGCAGGAGCGAGUUCCUCUGUGGAUCAAACCCUACAAGAUCCUGGUGAUGUCCUCAGACAGCGGGAUGAUCGAGCCCGUCCUCAACGCCGUCUCUCUGCACCAGGUGAAAAAACAGAGUCAGCUGUCGCUGCUGGACUACUUCCUGCAGGAACACGGCAGCUUCACCACCGAGGCUUUCCUCACCGCGCAGAGGAACUUCGUCCAGAGCUGCGCCGGCUACAGCCUCAUCUGUUACCUGCUGCAGGUCAAAGACAGACACAACGGGAACAUCCUGCUGGACUCUGAAGGACACAUCAUCCACAUCGACUUCGGCUUCAUCCUCUCCAGCUCCCCCAAAAACCUCGGCUUUGAGACGUCUGCCUUCAAACUUACGUCCGAGUUUGUAGAUGUGAUGGGCGGUCUGGACGGAGACAUGUUCAUCUACUACAAGAUGCUGAUGCUGCAGGGUUUGAUCGCAGCCAGAAAGCACAUGGAGAAAGUGCUGCAGAUCGUGGAAAUCAUGCAGCAAGGUUCCCACCUGCCCUGCUUCCACGGCUCCAGCACCAUCCGCGGCCUGAAGGAGCGCUUCCACAUGUCCCUGACGGAGGAGCAGCUGCAGGUUCUGGUGGAGCAGCUGGUGGACGGGUCCAUGCGCUCCAUCACCACCAAGCUCUACGACUCCUUCCAGUACGUCACCAACGGCAUCAUGUGACCACGGACGGGAGCCCAGGCCCAAACCGAGCUGAGUUUUCCUCUUUCCGACGGAAACUAGAAGCUGAACGCGUCACUAAAGGAUUUAGUGGAAAUGAAGUUUGAUUCUUUUGGAAUCUGAUGGACGGAUCCGACCAGCAUUUUGUUGAGGAGAUCUGUUUACAUUUGUAUUGUUACACUUUUGAUUGUUAACGUGCAGAAUCUGGAAGUUCUGUGGUCCAAAACACUAAACCCGGUGGAGAUCUGAACCAUCUGGACAACUCUUCUCCUCUUGUUGGAUCACCUUGGAUCUUGUUACGGCUGCUGAAAAGAUUCGGUGGAGACGAGGAUCUCUUUACCUUCGAGAUGUAGUCACUAAUGAACCUGUUAACGGCUUCACUAACGAAGCUUUUGCCUUUUGUUUCCAGGCUGAUUGUGACCUUUUAUUGCAGUGAAACCUUUAACGAGAAGUGACGACAUCCAGAAAGGGCUUUCAGUCCGUAAAACCAACCACUUUUGCUAUUUUAAAAUGUAGAAAACACUAGAAGGAAGUCUAGGUUUUCCUCAAUAUUCCAUUUCUUUACUUGAAUUAACCUGCAAGUAAAUAUUUCAGCGAUCCUGCACUAACAUUUUUUUUAAAUGAAAUUGUAACAAUUUAGUGGGACGGCUCUAACUCUAUGAAAAAUUUAGUCGUAAAUUUAGUCGUUUCAUAAAUAUUCUAAGAUGAAAUCUAUCCGUGAAGUGAAAUCUGCUGCUGAAGAUGUUGUAAUCCAGCAUGGCAGCAGUACGCAUCCACCGGAGGGCGUUAUCGGUGUUUGUUUGUUGUUCUUAAAGAACUGAAACGGUAAAAUGUUAUUUUUUUGUUUGUUUGUUUCUACAGAUGUGAUGCCAUGGUGAUCAGAGGGGAAAAAAAAUAUAGUUUGAGGUGAAGAUGUUUGAAGUUUUCAUCAGACGGAAAAGCCAGAAAUUUACAAAAGCGAAAAUCUACGGACACUCAAAACAACUUAAUAGUCAAAACAAUCUAGUUUUAUAUAUUUUGAGCAAAGAGCAGCACUAUUUUAAAAGAAGUUAAUGUGAUUGUAAAAUGAAAAAUAAAAAUCGGCUUUAUUUAUUGUCAGUUCCUCUAAUGACCACAAGGGGGAGACAAACCAUUCCCCAAAAGAAGUGAGCUCCUUCCUUAAUAAUUUGUAGACUAAUUUUGCUAAAUAAUUUCUAUAUUUUUAGAAAUAUGCAUAUUCUUUAAGAUUAAAUUAUUUUGAAAUUAACUUAGCAUCCAGUGGAGAAAAUAUGACACACUUUAGAAUAAUUCCUACAAAUUAAAAGCGCUAUGAGACUAAAUGUCUCAAUUCAAACUAAUAUGAAACUUUUAUUAAUGCAACUUUUUAACUUUUAUUUGAUUUGUCUAAAAAGUAGGGGGAAAAGCAAGAGAAACUACAAAAUUCCUCUUUGAUUUACACAUACACUGAAGUGCCAAAACUUUAUUGGCAUCUUAUUCUAGAACAGUUACAAAAAAAAUGAUGUUGAUAUGUCUAACAAGCUUUGUUUGGCUUAAUAUUUGAAUCUAAAUAAGAUCUAAAUUAAUAAAUGACGUCUUGGUAGCUUAGAAAAUAAAAGCGUCCACUUCUUCUUUUGUUUCCUAUAUUAUUAUAAUUUUCAGCAUAAUUUCAAUAUUUUGAGAAAGAUCCAUAUUCUUAAGAAUGAAAUUGCUAACUUACAAGCCAUUGGAGGAGCAAAUAUAACAUUUUUAUUAAAAGCUUUGAGCCAAAAUGUCGUAACUUAAACGCAUGUGAAACUUGUAUAAGUGCAGUUUUUAUUUUGACAAGUUUCAAUGAAGGAAGUAAAAGAAAUAUGAUAAAAAUGUCUAACUUUAGAAUAUUUUAAGUGGGUGUUUUAUCAGGAGGUUUUCUUCCCCUUUGAUGAACCUGGUGCACUCUGCAGAUAAUCCCCGGAAAAACUCGUGUUUUGACUGAAGAGGCUCCAUAUCGACUUCCUGUUUAUUCCAGAUUUUCGUCGUCAUAAAAUUGGUGUCUUUCAAGAAACAUUCCCUUCUGCUGACUUCUGUUUCUGCAGAUGAAAUGAGACUGAACGUUUCUUUUUGUUUUCAGGUCCAGAUUAGGACUUCUAAAGUUCUUCUGUUUGUAAUUUGAUAAAAAUUAAAGCUGUUCUGAGCAAAAUGGAGUCAAAAACACACGUUGAGCUGUUUAUACGUGGAAAAAUUAUAUUUUUCUUCAUAAAGUGAAGAUUUUGAUGAUGUCAGUGGACUAGCUUUACUCCAGCAUUCUGCCUGGUUGGCUGUUGAACUCUUUUUCCAGGUUGAAACCUUAAAAACACGCCAGCAGCUCAUCAUAGAUUUGAGUAAAAACCCGCUGAACGUUUAAUUCUUCUGCUCGCUGCCUUGGUUUGCAACACCAGCAUUAUUUUCCUCAUCAGAACAAAUUUAGCAUAAAAAAUAUGGCUGACAAAUGAAAAAAUGUCAAAUAAUAUGGUUUGUCCUAUUUAAAAAGCUUACAAAACUGAAUAUUUACUGUUGAAUGCUAACCGCUAACUGUGUUAAAUAUAGAAUGUUUCUUACUAAGCCCCCAACGUGUUUAAUAAAAUGAGUCGAUUGGUUUCUACGGAUUCCCCAAAGGGACAUUACAGUAAAAAGAAAAAAAA